CUCUCGGCGAAGGGACGUACAGGCGGACGCGGGGGAAGCGCCACACUCGAGACGCACAGAUCCGGACUGGUUCGAAGCCCUUUUCCACUUCCACGGGAGAUCAUCCGGAGCAGCUCCGAGGAUGUUUGCGCGCUGUGUUGGGUAAAUAAAUAUCAGGACGCACAGCACACCCACGUUGCGUAUCCCACCCACCACCCCCCUCCACACAAAAACACACAACCUCUCCGCGGCGCACAGGAACAAGAAGAACCGGGAUUGUGCCACUUCGCUGCGGCUUGUGCGCGCUGCCUGCUUGGGGAUCCGAACGCACGGGGGUUGUAGCCGAAUGACACGCAACGUGGUCCGCGUUCAAUCCAGCGUGUCAUCCAAAGGGGAGAGCUCAUCUUGAAGUGAAGAAGAAGACAGAGUUGAGAUUGGACCGGAGCGACGGACCGAGGUGGACCAGUCCCGCUUCCCAGUUUCAGCCCGACGCAGAACUCGCAACGCGGUUUGUGUUCGCGACUCGUUCACUUGCCGGACUUUUUUCUCCAAGAGGCGACUCUGUGCCGAGCAACGUGUUUAUGGAUUGCUGCGCAGCGACGAGCACCGGGACUUUCAGGCUAUACGCGCGCACGCACCGAUCACGCGGAUGCCUUCCUGCAAACUUUGAUAGAUGUUUGCAUUAAUGACUCACUGAUAAAGAAAAAGCGAUUUAAAACAAACGAGCUCAGAUAAACUCAGACUGACCUCUGGAGGAAGUGGGAAGCGCCUUUUUUCGUCCUUCCUCUUUUUUCUUUUUCCUCUCCAAGACGUCAGGACGGAUCUCUAUCACCCAGUCUGACUCUGCUCUCUGUGAUUUAAAACAAAGACCAAAAAGUGUUGGGAGGAUAGCAUGGCAAUGGUAGUAAACCAGUGGCCAGAGAACAUUUCCGCAGAUCCGGGGUCGCAGCUCCAGAUUUGCGGCCAGGAGCCCGGCGGGGCACCGGGGACCCCCAACGGUUCCACCCCGGGGAACGAUGCACUUUCCGGGGACAAGAUGUCCAACGUGGACUGCAUGGUGUGCGGGGACAAGUCCAGUGGGAAGCAUUACGGCCAGUUCACCUGCGAGGGAUGCAAAAGCUUCUUCAAGCGCUCGGUGAGGCGGAACCUCACGUACACCUGCCGGGGGAACCGAGACUGUCCCAUCGACCAGCACCACCGGAACCAGUGUCAGUACUGCCGGCUGAAGAAGUGCCUGAAAGUGGGCAUGCGGAGAGAAGAGAGAGAGAGACUGAGGCGACCACACAGUGAAGCUUCCCUCUCUCCUCACGCGAGGUCGGGGGGGGGGGGGGGCCCUGGACAGUACCUGACCAACGGCACCGACCCGUACAACGGCCAACCCUACCUCUCUGGGUUCAUCUCUCUGCUGCUGCGCGCCGAGCCCUACCCCACGUCCCGCUACGGGGCCCAGUGCAUGCAGGGAAACAACCUGAUGGGCAUCGAGAACAUCUGUGAGCUGGCGGCCAGGCUGCUGUUCAGCGCCGUGGAGUGGGCCAAGAACAUCCCCUUCUUCCCGGACCUGCAGCUCAUGGACCAGGUGGCGCUGCUGCGUAUGUCGUGGAGCGAGCUCUUCGUCCUCAACGCCGCCCAGUGCUCCAUGCCGCUGCACGUGGCCCCUCUGCUCGCCGCGGCCGGCCUGCACGCCUCGCCCAUGUCCGCAGAGCGCGUGGUGGCCUUCAUGGACCACAUCCGCGUCUUCCAGGAGCAGGUGGAGAAGCUGAAGGCCCUGCAGGUGGACACGGCCGAGUACUCCUGCCUCAAGUCCAUCGUGCUCUUCACGUCCGAUGCCAUGGGUCUGUCAGAUGUGGCCCAUGUGGAGAGCAUCCAGGAGAAGUCCCAGUGCGCCCUGGAGGAGUACGUUAGGAACCAGUACCCCAGCCAGCCCAACCGCUUCGGACGCCUCCUGCUGCGCCUGCCCUCCCUGCGCAUCGUCUCCUCCCCCGUCAUCGAGCAGCUGUUUUUCGUGCGCCUGGUCGGCAAGACCCCCAUCGAGACUCUGCUCCGCGACAUGCUGCUCUCGGGCUCCAGCUACAACUGGCCCUACAUGCCCGCAGUGCAGCGCGAGCGGCCCAUCUCCCUCCACUACAACGAGAAUGGCCCCUGAGGUGGAGAGUCCGACCGAGGAGAAGCUGCGGGAGAGAAUAUGUCAGGCUCUGCUACUCGUCCAUCCAUCUUUACUUCUCUUCAUUCUCUGCGUUCAGUUUCUCAGCUCUCCCAGAGGAAUGCGCCUGUCUUCGCCAUUCCACUCAAAACUCCACUCGGACGAUGCAGUCUGUUACCGUCCAGGUCAAACAAGCCGGCCAAUCACACACCUCGGGCCACCGCAGGACCCUGCUGGCCCCGCUGCAGCCCCAUCACUCGAGCUGGACUGGUUGGUAGAACGGGUUAUGGCACAGUUCACCAGCAGGUCUGUUGGACUCGCUUCAGAUGUCACGUUACAAACC